GAUUGUUCCCUCGAAAUCAAAAGACAGUCACUAGCUUCUUCUAGUCACAGCUAGAAGUUGAAAUUGAUACACACAAGACAGCCUCUCAUCAGAGCUUUUCAGGAGAACGAUGAUUUCAAAAAUUCUCGUAUGCAUUCUGGUUCCUUUCGUUGUGCUGUCGAUAAUGUUUGAUCCAGCGGACGCACAGGCGUGGAACGACGGUGACGGAAAUGGAAAUUCUGGCAAUCGUAAUGUCAAAGGCACUUUUUGGGCGGAGCAAUCUGAUGCUGGCGGAUGUGAAAUGCCGCAAGCUGAUUACGCGGUAACCGACGCGAUAGCUCUUGGACAAUCGCAAGCACUCGGAAACCUCAAGUGGCGUCAAGGAUUGUGCAGUCAAUUCUUGCGGAUCGACUGCGGAAACGGACCGAUUGAUGCCGUUGUGGCCAGCACUUGCAACCUGAACAGCGAUUCCUGCGGGGUGGACAUGAUCGGCAAGACCUGGCGACGAGCCACUUCGAACCAGUCGCCCGGUAUCGUCGAUUGCAGUGUUUCGUUGACCAACCGAAACCCUUUAAAUGGAAAUGAUGCCAUCUGCUACUACCGCCCCAAUUCCGAAACUACUAAUAAUUACUUCGUAAUCCUUGGAGUCGUUAACACCGGAGGUAGGAUCAGUUCGUCAGCUGUUGCGGCUGGAGUGACAGGCCACCGGAAUAACGACGGUUGGUUCGAAUGUAACGGAUCUGGAAACCCCCUAUUUCAGAGCAAUACCGAAGUUGUAUUUCGUUAUGAAGAUGGAUCGUCUUCUUCAUUCCGGAUCGGCAACUGUCAAAAUGGAGGACAAGUACAGAUAUUCCGAUAAACGAAUCCGGUGCGAGCUAAUAACGAUAAUUUAUCUUAACUUUAUCCUCGGUUUUAGUAUAAACAUUUCCCUCACUGGAUGUUUCCCUUAGCCUAGUUAUUGUUACCCUCACUUAUUCAAAUCACACUAGCAGGCUAUACAAAUCCGAUUCCUUACUAAGUGCACAAAUUUCUCUAUAAGCCUGCUUAAAUGUCAUCUCAGCAAAAAGGUUCUAAAUACACAAUUGGACGAGAA